UCAUCCACAUAUCCAAAAAUGGCCCCAAAGCAAGAACCAUCCAGAUUCGAGCAGAUCAAGAAUGCUCCAGCCUUCACUGCAGCCGUGCAGGUGGCUCUUUUUGCUGCUGGCGUUGCUUUCAUCCAGUCUCCAUUGAUGGAAUUCUUGGUGCCUCAGUUGUAG